GGUAGGAAAAAAAUCAAUGCGUCGGGCGACGGCGACGCCGAAACGUGCAACGUCUAACGUCGCGCAUACGUAAAAGCGUCACCGUCAACGCAUUCUCGUUUAGUCGAAUUAAAACCGUGAACGCGCUCCUGGCCACUGUUCGGUGGUCAUCUAGGAAGCCCUAUGCGAUAUCCUAGGUGAGGUAAGAAUUAACAACCGCGUGAAUGCCUCCGUUUGGCACAAAAUGUCGUCUACUGGUGAGGAGGUGUUGCAAGUUAACGUUACCAUUCACGACACCUGCCUGGAUGAUAGAAAGUACUGGUGUUUCAUACUUUCAUCCAUUUGUACUUUCAUCGCGGGAUUACUUAUUGUGCUCGUGUGGAGGUUGUUUGCGUUUUUGUGUUGUAGAAAGGAUCCCGAAUUGGGACCUAACGAUCCGAAACAAAAAGAACAAAAGGCCGCUAGACAGGGAAAACAAGAAUUCGAAGGGACUUUUAUGACGGAGGCCAAGGACUGGGCGGGAGAAUUGAUAUCCGGCCAAACCACUACGGGAAGGAUUUUGGUUGUCUUAGUAUUCAUUCUGAGCAUAGCUUCUUUAAUAAUUUACUUCAUAGAUGCCUCAAAUGAAAAGGUAGAACGCUGCCAAGAAUGGAGCUCCAAUAUCACCCAACAAAUCGACCUCGCCUUCAACAUAUUUUUUAUGGUCUAUUUUUUUAUAAGAUUCAUAGCGGCUAGUGACAAGCUUUGGUUUAUGUUAGAAAUGUAUUCGUUUGUGGAUUAUUUUACGAUCCCACCUUCGUUUGUGUCCAUCUAUUUGGAUCGUACAUGGAUUGGUCUUCGUUUUUUGCGUGCUUUACGUUUAAUGACAGUACCGGAUAUAUUACAGUACCUCAACAUUCUAAAGACUUCUAGUUCAAUACGGCUUGCUCAGUUAGUUUCCAUAUUUAUAUCUGUAUGGCUCACAGCAGCCGGAAUUAUCCAUUUGUUGGAAAAUUCCGGGGAUCCUUUAGAUUUCAGUAAUCAACAUCCUUUGCCGUAUUGGAAUUGUGUAUAUUUCUUGAUCGUUACUAUGUCAACGGUGGGAUACGGAGACGUCUAUUGCCAUACGGUAUUGGGAAGAGGAUUUUUAGUAUUUUUUCUACUUGUCGGAUUGGCGAUAUUCGCCAGUUGUAUCCCAGAAAUAAUAGACUUGAUCGGAACUAGACCAAAAUAUGGUGGAACCUUGAAGAACGAGAGAGGCCGAAGGCACAUAGUUGUAUGCGGGCAUAUAACAUACGAAUCGGUUUCACAUUUUCUAAAAGACUUUCUACACGAAGAUCGAGAAGACGUCGACGUCGAAGUCGUUUUUUUACAUAGGAAACCACCAGACCUAGAACUGGAAGGUCUUUUCAAGAGACACUUUACCACUGUAGAAUUCUUCCAAGGUACCAUUAUGAACCCUAUUGAUCUGCAAAGGGUGAAGGUACAUGAAGCCGAUGCGUGCCUAGUUUUAGCCAACAAAUACUGCCAAGAUCCAGAUGCGGAAGAUGCAGCUAACAUUAUGAGAGUUAUAUCGAUUAAAAACUAUAGUGACGACAUUCGGGUUAUCAUACAAUUGAUGCAAUAUCAUAAUAAGGCAUACUUGUUGAAUAUACCAUCUUGGGAUUGGAAACAGGGAGACGACGUCAUCUGUUUGGCAGAAUUGAAAUUGGGAUUUAUAGCACAAUCAUGUUUAGCGCCGGGAUUUUCUACAAUGAUGGCAAAUCUUUUCGCAAUGCGUUCUUUCAAAACGAAAUAUGCGCAUCUAUCGAGGUCUCCUGAUACGCAAGUUUGGCAAAACGAUUAUCUACAAGGAACGGGAUGCGAGAUGUAUACGGAAACGUUGUCCACCUCGUUCACUGGCAUGUCGUUCACCCAGGCUAGCGAGUUAUGUUUCAUUAAACUCAAGUUACUUCUGUUGGCGAUAGAAGUUCGAGGAAUUGAAGGGGCGGAUACAAAAAUAUCCAUCAAUCCAAGGGGAGCCAAAAUCGUUGCUAAUACUCAGGGAUUCUUCAUUGCUCAAUCAGCUGAUGAAGUGAAAAGGGCUUGGUAUUAUUGCAAAGCUUGCCAUGAGGAUAUAAAAGACGAAACUUUAAUCAAGAAAUGCAAAUGUAAAAAUUAUGUCGGAAUGAUCAUGAUGCAAACGGGCAUGGUCAAACAAAGCCUUAACGCCUGUGAAAGAUACUUGGAUGUAGCGACGUUCAGGAAAGGCAUCAGGACCAUACAAAUGGUUGGUCUAGCAAAUGACCAUCAUCCCGCUCCCACUUUUACUCCGCCAGAAUUGCCCAAGAAAGUGCAUAUACGAGGUGAUAUGAAUCGUCAUGAUGAUGUCAAUUUGGCACACAGGAAUCCAAAUCAUAGGAAUAGUACAAUAGCCAUGACGAAUAUGGUAAAUGUAACGAAACAAGUUAAUAAAGUAAAACCGAAUAUUACCAGAAGUGCAACGGAUAAUGUGACAUCUCCGGAUUAUAAUUCGAGAGUGCCGGAACAAGAGACUACAUCUUACGCCGGCUAUCAUCUAGCAUAUGAAGUGAAAAAACUCAUGCCGACGAGUAGAAGCAGCGGCGGAAAUAAUCAGAAUAACAACGGUGUGGCUUUACCUGUAGGUUUAGCAGACGAUCAAGCCAAAGACUUCGAUUUCGAAAAAACCGAAAUGAAAUACGACAGUACUGGAAUGUUUCAUUGGGGUCCUGCGAAAAAUUUAGAAGACUGCAUACUGGAUCGCCAUCAAGCAGCGAUGACCGUUUUGAAUGGUCACGUGGUAGUUUGCUUAUUCGCCGAUCCAGAUUCUCCGCUGAUAGGUCUAAGAAAUUUAGUUAUGCCAUUGAGAGCUAGUAAUUUUCAUUAUCACGAACUUAAACACGUUGUUAUAGUAGGUUCAGUUGAUUACAUCAGGAGAGAAUGGAAGAUGUUACAGAAUUUACCUAAAAUUUCCGUAUUAAAUGGUUCUCCGCUAAGUAGAGCGGACCUUCGUGCCGUUAACGUAAACUUAUGUGAUAUGUGUUGCAUUCUAUCAGCUAAAGUACCGAGCAACGACGAUCCUACUUUGGCGGAUAAAGAAGCGAUUUUAGCGUCUCUUAAUAUUAAAGCAAUGACAUUCGAUGAUACUAUAGGUGUUUUAAGUCAAACUAAUGGAACGAACGAAGCUGGUACACCCGUCGGUAGUCCCAUUAUUCUACAAAGGAGGGGAUCCGUUUACGGAGCCAACGUUCCUAUGAUAACAGAAUUAGUAAAUGAUAGCAACGUCCAAUUCUUGGAUCAAGAUGAUGACGACGAUCCGGAUACGGAACUUUAUCUAACGCAACCUUUUGCUUGCGGCACGGCGUUCGCCGUUAGCGUUUUGGACUCGUUGAUGUCUACAACUUAUUUCAAUCAAAAUGCCUUAACUUUAAUUAGAUCUUUAAUUACGGGUGGAGCUACACCCGAACUAGAAUUAAUUCUAGCCGAAGGAGCUGGACUUCGAGGAGGUUACAGUACUGCAGACAGUUUAUCGAAUAGAGAUAGAUGCAGGGUAGGACAAAUAUCCUUGUACGAUGGUCCUUUAGCUCAAUUUGGCGAAACUGGAAAAUACGGGGAUUUAUUCGUAGCGGCCUUGAAACAAUUUGGAAUGUUAUGUAUCGGAUUAUACAGGUUUAGAGAUACUAGUUCGUCGUGUGACGCUAGCAGUAAAAGAUACGUUAUUACGAAUCCGCCGGACGAUUUUCAGUUGUUACCGACAGAUCAGGUAUUCGUGUUAAUGCAAUUUGAUCCUGGUCUAGAAUAUAAACAAGUUAGGAGUCGCACUGGUACCGGCCAAGGCAGCGGUACCGGAGGCGGAGGAACAAAUAAAGACGAAAACUCUUGACUGCUACUUUGCAGCGCCCUAACAGACGGACCAUAUUCGUAUAUUUAGUAAAUUAUCAUAUUUACCGGAUUAAUCUGCAAUAUAUAUAUAUAUAUAUAUAUAUAUAUAUAUAUAUAUAUAUAUAUAUAUAUAUAUAUAUAUAUAUAUAUAUAUAUAUAUAUUUAUAUAUAUUUCAAAUUUUUAUUUAUCUUGAAGUUGAUAUAUUGAUAUAAGCACCAUUCCAAAUUCAUUUUCCAGAUUUCAUUGAAGAAUAAAGAAUCGUUGAAACUAUUAAGUUUGUAUAUAUGAAUUUUUAAAAAAUUAAGUUACGUGCACAACUGAUGUGAUAUUUUAAGGAUUGAUUAUAAAUAGAAAUAUUUGCAACAAAAUUGAAAAUACCAAAAUCAGAUUAAACUGAUAUUUACUGUUAUUUUUAUUUCGUCUCUCCUAGUGCUCGUUUCACAAGAUAUGGGGAGUUUAUCGAUAAUGAAAAACAAAAAACUUUUUUUAUGAAAUUUCUCAAUUUUGUUUCAAACUAUUCGCUUCAUCAAUAGAAGGAUCGAUAGUGUUAACAUUUUGACUAAUUUCCACUAAAAUUUGAUAGAUGGAACCUUUUCUUUUCGGAUUUAAAUACAAUCGAUCCUUCUUUACGAAUAGAUAGAAAUACUGUAAACCAAAGACUUGAAAACAUUGAAUUUUAAUUGUGUAUAAUAGACUAUCGAAUAUUUUUAAAUUGAAUUCGACUUGAAAGUAAAAGGGGCGCUUUAAUGAAGUAUCUACAAUAAAAUUGUAAAUAUUUGUAGUGAAAAUUCGGUAGGAAAUAAAAAUUUUUAUUUUCGAUAAAAAUAUACGUUUCAAUCCGAUUUAAUUACUUUUUUUUUUCUUAUUUAUUCCUUUUUUUUAAUUCAGUUUGAUAUAUAUGUAGUAUGCAACUUAUUCAACCGUUUGAUUAUUAAUAUUGAUGAGAAACAUUGAUUACUGAAUAAAAUUGUAAAUAAAUUGUAAAUAUAUAAAUGUGUAGAGCUUAAUGUGUCCAUACGAGUUUUAAGAUGUACAUUUUUUUAAAAAUUGGAAUCAAGAAGAAAAAAAUCUGUACCCAGUCAGCCAAAAAAGAAUCUUUAUAAGGAUAAGUCGUUUGCUAAUAUUUUUUCAACUCGCCUUUGAAUAUAAAUACAAAUAUAUGUAGUAAAAGGACUGCGAAAUGGGAAUAUGUAGAUAAGAAAAAAGUGGAAGUUAUGUAAGAAUUUGUUUUCGUUAAAUAAAUUUGUACAAACAUAUUUUAUACAUCACUGAUAAAUUUUCACUCAUUGAAAUUACAAAGUACAAAUUUCAUUUAUCGAAAAUCAAUUCAAAUUUUUAUGUUUGCUUAUUAUUCUCACACGUGUAUAAUUGCUUAUUAGGAUUAAAUGAAUAAUUUGAAUUUCAUAUCAAUUUAAAUAUUUUUAUGGAAUUUCAUCGUAGAAUGACUGCACGUAAUUGCGUUUUUUGUACUUUAGUAAUGUUGCAAAUAAAUUUACAUUUGUUGAUACUUUGGAUUUUUUAUGAAAUAUGUUUAAAUAAAGCGAUAUGGAAGAAAAA